AUGAUUGUCGUGCAGCUGACGGUGCUGUUGAUGCUGCUUCCGCUUGCCCUUGCUGCCCCGGUAGGCACACCGUUGAGCAUGGUUCCCGAAGAGGGUGUGCUUCCCGACACACGGUUCGGGCCUUUCAACCCGCGGUACAAAACCUUUCGUCCCUCUCUAGCCACUCCAGUAACUGCGCCCGUCUCGAAUCAAGCUCCAUGGUGGCGCCAAUGGAAUUGGCCGACCUUCAGGAAGGAGGCCCAGCCAGUAAUUUCUGAUAAAAGCUUGCGAUUGGUGCUCCGAAACGGCGCGUCAAGUGCUGUAUCUGGUAAAAGCCCAAUGGUUGCAAUCAGGCCACUGUUCGACAGUCACUUCGAUGUAGUGAGGCUUCCUGGAAAUAGCUGGGAUGGCCAAGUCAUUGAUGCGAUGAAGCGAAGAGGCCAACCAUUUUUUGUGGUAGGCCAGAACAAUAAGGUGUGGUUCGUCAAGUCCAAUGGAAGCGUCAAGUCGAUUCUCAACACCGAACGGGGUGCUGUUCUAAACUCUUUGCGCAUUAUCGAGGAGAGGAAUUAUCGGGCCGACAUCCUCCGGCUGCCUGGUGAAACCGCUAAAAUGGCCAAAGCAACUGGGACUAGCAGCGGUGCUUCGUGGUGGUCAAGAGUCGUCGAAGCUACCAAGGGACGCUUUGGUGGUUCAACGUCGGACGCGAUGAGGGCCAUCAGAUAUGUUCAAAGACCCAUCUGA